CUCUAUAUGAAGAUGUGCAUCUAAAGCAUUUUCUACCGGUUUGGUAGCUGCUUUUGACAAUAAUCUUGCUCUCUUGGACGUUUUACCUUUGAAAUUGAAUCUUUUUUCCUGUUUCCGGUCGACCUCAAUCUUGGUGGGAGUUCUACAGGUCAACUUCGGUUUCUCUGAGCUAGGACAACUCAAGUCAUGUCCUUCAAAGCGACCGUCAGCUUAUAUGCGUCAGAACACGAAGUAAUUCUACAUAAUGCUGCAACAGCUGGAGAGACGUCCUGGACUAGACUAGGUAGGUCAAAAGGUCUACUGAAAGGCAGUCUCCACGGACUGUGGACUCAUAGCGGCAACGUUCUGGUGCAGUUAGCGAUUCCUGCUAGUGAUCCUAAUAGGGUGUCGUGGAGGCGCUUCUGCAGCAAGCAGGAAUUAUGCGAAGUUGGACAAUGGGGAACAGAUGAACCGGACACAGUGACUCGUCCUUCACGUCUGGAAUCUACUGUAGGGUAUAUUUACAUCAGAUGCUUGUCUGAUGAUACCACCAAAGUCCGGCUCAAGUGACAGAGAUGAAAGUCCUGUCAGCAGCUAGUCCCUAUCGCCCCUCGGAAGUCUCCAGACAGAUGCGUACACUAACGGACUCUGCAAGACCUAGUAGUGUGACAGAAACGAACUCUACGUCGGCACUGUCUGGCCAUUGGAGCGAGAUACCACAACAUUUUGACUUCCUAAGAGAACUCCAAAGACGACUCAACAGGGACGGUCUCCAGGUAAAGCAAUUUCACGAGGAAGCUUCUGAUGUCUUUGCUUUCCAGAUCAAAAAGGAGUUCAGCAGAUUUACGUGCGCCAUUGGCUUUCCACCGGACUUUCCUAGAAAACGGCAAGUGCAGCUGUAUGAUGGACAUGGAGGGGCACCGAAAAAUGUCACUCUGUCGCGGACUGCAAGAGAAGCAUUUCAUGUUUUACGUCGUAGUAUAUAUAGCUGAAGGUCAAAGCAAGGCUAGAUGUACUGAGAAGAUUACUCAAAACAACUGCGUACGUUAAACAAUCAAACUAGCAUUCAAACUGUAACUAGACAGACUAGAUCCAUUGUACUCUACAUGCAUGCGGCAAGAUUGCUGUCUUUUCAGACUAAAAGUCAGUUACAUAUGUUUCAGAUAGUGAUCAAUGGCAUAGCCAGAUUUGAGAUGGUUUUCAAACGCCUCUAACCACAGU